AUGUAUCAUGGCACUUGGGGAACUGCCGGGCUUACAUGGCUGUGUGCAGCCGUUGGCCACGUGUCCUCGGAAGAUGAUGAAUACGAUGGUUAUUUUAUUCCCCGUGGAACUGUUGUACUGGGAAAUGCAUGGACAAUUUUGCAUGACCCUGAAGAAUUCAAGGAUCCACUUGAAUUUAAUCCUGACAGAUAUCUGAAGGAUGGAAAGCUUGAUCCCAAUAUUGCGCAGCCUUUGGCUUUGGACGACGAAAGAUUACACAUCACUACCAAUAGCAUAUGCCCAGGGAGGCACAUGAGCGACAACGGGCUUUACUGCAUCAUUUCAUCUGUCCUAAGUGUCUUCGAAAUUAAGCCAUUCAUCGACGACGGUGGGAACCCUGUGAUUCCCAAGCCAGAAUUCACUAGUGGCAUGCUAUCGUGA